AUGUCACACAAGCGUUUCUGGAUUGAUUACGAACGAUUUACGCUCUCGACCUGCGACCAUUUGGACUUUGGCGGACUUCGACCUCAACGCAACCCCAUCAGCAGCCUCGUUGGCAUCAACAUUAUUUCGUCACAUUGCAACGGAGAUAAUGAAGGAUGGUGCCAAAGCAACGUUACUGAAAUCCAAGGACCUCAACACCUUACUGACGGAGCUCGCGAGCACAUAUCGUCACAAAUCAAACAUAUCAAUGACAAUCUACAUCACACCUUAUACGCGAUCUUAUAUAAUCAUACAUAG